UUGAAAUGCGCAGGAUAAGCAAUCAAAUCUGGUGAAAUAUUUUUUUCCUAUGCAGUCAAUUCUGCUGUCAGCACACUAACUUCUCUGUUACCAUGGAUACGAAAAAACAGUUCGCUAGGAUAAUUCUUUAGUAGUUACUUAGUUAUUGCUUCCAACGACAAACGGAAGUUUCGCUUUUAUGAAAAAAAAUUCGCCCGGAUUUGUAAAGAGGAAAAAAUUUGUUGAAAAACUGCACUACUUUAAAAUUACUUUCAAUUUGGAAUAAGUAGCAGUCAAGAUUAUACGCUUAAUGUGUGAUAUAUAGAGAGAAAGUAUCCAAAGUGCCCUGUGUAGGAAAAACGUCAAAAGAGAAAAUCUGUCUGAAUACGCUUUUGGUCAAUAUUAGAGUAGUGACUAAAUUACAUCUGCGCUUCUUUCUCAAAGUACGAUGGAUAAUCUGUACAUCGCGCUCAACAAAGAAUUUGAAAUUCCUAUCGACAACCUCGAAGUUUAUCUCGAAAAAACAUGUGCCGUAGCCGCUGAAAGACCGCUGGACGAAAAAAUCAUCCGUAUCCUAAAGAAACUAUCUGCGUUGCUCUGGCAGCGUUAUCAAAUAAGUCGUGGAGAAUGUUCUGAAUUACAGUGCACGCUUUCCGAGGAGCUCCUUUUAAAUUCAGAAAGACUUCGCACCUUAACUAUCCUUCGCCGUGAUGAAAAGAAAUAUCAGGAAAGGCUCCAGAAGAAUUCGUGGCUACUGGAAAGGGUGCGCGAACGUGGCAGAACCCACAUUCGAAUCGCUAGAGAAGCUCAAGAUCUGAAACGUUACGUAGAAGAACAAAAGGAGACAAUUGUUCAAUUAAAAAAGGAUAUUAAUCGCUUAAAAAAGAAAUGCGGGAGGCAGAAUCGCCCUUCCUCCCAAAAUUACCGAGUUGGUUAGAUCUUGCUUCAAAAAUAUGUCUCCAUGGCCCAUGCACGUCUUACGAAUUCUCCUCUCUCUCAGUCUUAGUACUGGUCUACAAUACAAUGUUUCCACCUGCAGUUAAAACGAUUAUUCAAUCGAUUAUUCAAUCUCGUUAUUGCAAUUAUAACAAAACUUCUAAUGGUCUAGAAUG